CACGCCCAAUCAGCUGUUGCCUUGAUGCGUUCCCCUGAGCGCGCGCUGAGUAAACUUUAGCCUCUUGUGUUUGGAGGGACACGAGUUACUAGCGCUUGCUGCUUCUGUCAUGAUAGUUGUGCACAAGUAAACAUCAUGUCUUUGUCGGAUCAGCUGUGGAGUCCGACUAGUGUCCAGGUAACGGCGCUCCAAGCCCGUGGCCUGCGGAUAAAGGGUAAAAACGGUACAAACGAUGCGUACGCGGUCAUGCACUUGGGCAAGGAGAAGUACCAGACAUCGGUGGCGGAGAAGACCGUGGCACCCGUCUGGAAGGAGGAGGCCUCUUUCGACAUGCCCUCAGCCCACCAGGGUGGCACGGAGCGGGACACGCUGCGCGUCCUCGUUCUGCACCGAGCCCUGGUGGGUCCAGACAAACUGCUGGGGCAGGCCGUCAUUAACCUGGUCCAACUCAGCGAGGACAAGAACCGAGACAAAACACAGUGGUUCAAGUUGGUGGACAAAUCUGGUAAGCCAGAUAAGGACCGAGGCGAGGUGCUUGUGGACAUCCAGUUCACAAGAAACAACAUGACUGCCAGCAUGUUUGAUAUCUCUGCUGCAGGCAAGUCACGAUCGCGCCUAAGCAAGUUCAAGGACAAAGUGCGGGGCAAGAAAAAAGAGGAAGCACCGUCAGAGACAUCAUCCAACGUGGUGCCAGCUUUCUCUCAGGUGGUGACUGACAGCGAAGGGGAAGGGGGCAGCGACGGAGAGGGGGCAGCAGCAGGGACAGAGCCAAAGAAGAAGAACAAAGUCAAGUCUCUGUUUUCACACAAGACUAAUCUACAGAAGAGCUUGUCCCAGUCUAUGUCUGUGCUGCCAGGGAAAAACUCCUCUUUGAGUGGAAGCAUGUCGUCUGGUCUGAAUGUGAACACUUCUGAGGGUAAAAAGAAGUUUAAGUUCCUGAGUCACAAACGCACUGGGAGCUCAGAGAAAAAGGAUCAGAAACUUGUAGCCGAACAGAGCAACCUCUGCAUCAACGGCAGCCAUGUUUACUGUGAGGAGCCUGCACCUCGAACAUCUCGGGCCAGUUCCAACUUCAGCUUGGCCAGCUCUGGGAUGGGAUCCAUGGAGGAUGUUCCCGACAACAACUCCCCUCCAUCUGUGGGCUCAAGACACUCGGUGCACCACAGCUCCCCCUGGACAGAGGAGGAGGAAGAGGAGACCAUUGAGGAAAACACGCAAGAAGUGACUGAAGAGAUGUUCAGGAGACAAGAGCUGGAGAAGCUGGCAGAGGAGGAGAGCAGGAUCGAAGAAGAAGAGCAAAGGAGAGAAGAGAAAGAGAGGAGGAACAGGGAGGAAGAGGAGAGGAUUAGAAUGGAUGAAGAAAAGAGAAGACAGGAUGAGUGGAUUGAGAAAGAGAGAUUUCAGAAGGAGGUAGAUAAAAAUUUGGAAAUAAUGAGAGUGAAAGAAGAAAGAAGUAAGCAGGAAGAGGAGGAGCAGCAGAGGAAAAGAGAGGAAGGAGAGAGGGAACAAAUUAGAGAAGAGGAAGAGAGGAUUAGAUUGGAGGAGGAACAGAAAAGGUGUGAAGAAGAAGAAGAGAAAAAAAGACGAACAGAAGAGGAGAAAAGGAGACAAGGGGAGGAAAGUGGAGCAAUAGAGAAGAAGAGAGAGGAAGAGAGGUUGGAAGAAUUAAGAAAGCUGAAGGAGGAAAAGGCAAGAAAGGAAAUACUUAAAGAAGAAGAGCGGGAAAGGAGGGAAGAGCUGGAGAGAAUGGAAGAAGUGCUCAGAAUGGAGAAGGAAAGGGAAGAACAACAGAUUGAGGAAGCAAGGAAAUUGGAGGAGGAAAGGAAACGACAUGAGGAAGAAAGGAUUCGUUUUGAAAGAGAAAAGGAGAGACAAAGAGAGGAAAAGGAAAGGUUGAUGGAGGCGAAGAGGAUGCAACACCUACAAGAGGAGCAGGAAAGGAUAAGACAAGAAGAAGAAAGGAUGAGGAUGCUUGAGAAGGAAAAGGUAGAAGAAAUGAGAAGGGAGAGGAUGGAAGAGGAGGAGCAGAGAGUGAGAAAAGAACAAGAGUAUGAACGACUGAGAGCGCAGCAAAAGAAACAGGAGGAAGAGGAGGAAAAAAGGAGGGAGGAGGAGAAACUAGAGAAGGAAAAAUUAGCAGAGGAAAAGAGGAGACGAGAAGAAGAGGAGAAGAGACGAAGGAGGGAGGAGGAGAAACUAGAAAAGGAAAAGUUAGCAGAGGAAAAGAGACGAGAAGAAGAGGAGGAGAGACGAAGGAGGGAGGAGGAGAAACUAGAGAAAGAAAAAUUAGCAGAGGAAAAGAGGAGACGAGAAGAAGAGGAGAGACAAAGGAGGGAGGAGGAGAAACUAGAGAAGGAAAAAUUAGCAGAGGAAAAGAGACGAGAAGAAGAGGAGGAGAGACGAAGGAGGGAGGAGGAGAAACUAGAGAAGGAAAAAUUUGCAGAGGAGGAGAGACGAAGGAGGGAGGAGGAGAAACUAGAGAAGGAAAAAUUAGCAGAGGAAAAGAGGAGACGAGAAGAAGAGGAGGAGAAACUAGAGAAGGAAAAAAUAGCAGAGGAAGAGAGGAGACAAGAAGAAAAGAGGAGAAAAGAGCAGGAAGAAAAACAGAGGAAGGAGGAGGAGACACACAAGAAUGAAAGAUUAGCAGAGGAGGAGAGGAGACAAAUGAGAGAGGAGGAGGAGAGACAAAUGGAGGAGGAGAGAAGAAGAGAAGAAAACAGGAGACGAGAGGAGGAGGAGAGACAAAUGGAGGAGGAGAGAAGAGAAGAAAACAGGAGACGAGAGGAGGAGGAGAAACUAGAGAAAGAAAGAUUAGCAGAGGAAGAGUGGAAAAGAGAAGAAGAAAUGAGGAGAAAAGAGCAUGAAGAGAGGCACAGGAAGGAAGAUGAGAAAUGGAGGGAGGAGGAGACACAAGAGGAAGAAAGAUUAGCAGAGGAGGAGAGAACACAAGAAGAAAAGAGGAGACAAGAGGAGGAGAGAAUGGAAGAAACGCAAAGACACUUUAAAAUUACUUUAGAUGCACAAAACCGCACUGAGGUCACUUCUGCAAACCCUUUUGAUCAAAGUGAUAAACACAAAGGAGAUGUACCUGAACAAGACGUCACAAUAACUAGUGCUCGACAAAGAUGCAAAUUUCCUGCAGAAAGAAACGCCUGUUUAUUUGAUGAAAAGGAUGACAGUACAACACAACGGGAAAAACGACAGGCUCCUAAACCACCCAGAAUGAAUUCAUCUGAGACACAGUGGGCAGCACAACAUGAAGCCCAUGUGAGCAAACCAAGCAGAGACAAAGACAUCAAAACUGCUAGCAUUCUACCACAAUGUGCUGUGCAAAAGAUCAAUCCUGUGAUUGGUUUUUCCUCCCAAAUAAACUAUAGUAAACAACCAGCCAGGAGUUCAGAAAGAAAGCCAGCUCCACAGAGACCUGCUUUAAUAGAUGAGAUUUCAUUGUCUAAAGGUUCUCAAGGGCCCAUGCAAAAGUCAAGACAAGGCUCUGCUGUUACUAGUUUGAAUCCAUUUGAGGGUGAUGAAGAGGUAGAUGACACUACAAGUACCAAAGCUGUCUCUGCAAUAUGGCCACUGCCUGGGCAGCUAAGUGUUGAGAUGGAUACUGUUUCUCAAAUCAAAACCAAAUCUUCAAAGACAGCCCAUGCUCCAGCUCCACCUACAAAGAACGUCCACACACUUUGUACUGACACGGGCCAUAAGGUGACAGUAUCUGAUAUAGAAGAGGAAAAAGACUGUGUACUUGUUCAGAAAACUUUAAAUGAAGAAGCUGUACAAGAGGAAUCCGGGAAGAAGGAUGCUCCCCCAGUCCCUUCACGAAGACUUCAAUCGGUGACACCUCUAAACCCUGUGCAUCAGGUACCUGUAUCAGCUAUUCAAGAGCAAAAGGAUAAAAAAUCCUCAGGGGAAAUCGUCAACAAUCAGGGAAAAGAAAAUGUCAAAGACACUGGACCAUAUGCACUGCUAACCCAAGAAGAGCUCAUCUCUUUGGUGCAUAAACAAGAGAGCCAGUUGCUGGAGAAAAGCAAGAAGAUAUCAGAACUAGAACAGUACAUUGAUAAUUUGCUUGUGCGGGUCAUCGAAGAGGCUCCCAAUAUCCUCAUGACCAUGGCUCCAUUAAAGUAGGCUUUUUGCUGAUGAGCACAAAAAUUGUAAUGCUUCUCUUAAAAUGAAGAACUGUAUUCCAGUUUCACGCAAUAAUAAUGGCAAUCAAUUUUCU